UCAUCAAUAUGAAUUCCAUCACAAUUUUAGUUCUCGCUUGUGCAUUUGCAAGUGGCAUUUACAUGACAAACGAUGUGAAAUACGCCGAUUCGACGUUUUUGGUAAAACAAAAAGCAAUUCUUGAGAUUCUUCAACACGUUCACCAGAAUGACGUUCUUCUCAAAUUAUAUGACGAAGCUAAACAAUUCAAAUUAUUUGACAAAAGAGAUUCCUAUACCAAACCAGAAGUUGUCGAUGAAUUCAAGCGUUUCUACGAACAUGGUAUGUUGGGGCUAAAUGAAGUGUUCUCCAUCAUGGACCACGAACAUCGUGAGGAAGUCAUUGCUUUGUUCAAUGUGUUCUAUAAUGCCAAGAGCUGGGAAAUAUUCCGCAAGACAAUCGUCUGGGCCCGCUUCUACGUCAACAAAGGCAUGUUCAUAUAUGCUUUGACUGUUGCUGUUUUCCAUCGAUCAGAUAUGACUGGCAUUGCUUUGCCAGCUCAAUAUGAAAUCUAUCCAUACUACUUCUUCAACAAUGAAGUCAUUCAACACGCUCAAAACUUCACGAUGGAAGGCAUCUAUGAGAUUGAGGAGGUUGACGACUUAUACACUGUCGUCAUUCCAUCGAAUUACACAGCUUACCAGGAUGACACAAAUCCUGAACAAAAAUUGUCUUACUUCACCGAAGAUAUUGGACUAAACUCCUAUAACUAUUACUUACAUGUUGACUAUCCAUUUUGGAUGGGAGGUGAAAAAUACAACGUGUCCAAGGAUCGUCGUGGUGAACAUUAUAUCUUCCAACGCCAACAAUUUUUGGCUCGUUACUACAUGGAACGUCUGUCUAACGACAUUGGAGAAAUUCCAGAAUUCAGCUGGUACGAGCCAAUCGAAACCGGACACUAUACAUCCCUUCGUUCCUACAACGGAGACUUCUUCCCAUCGAGAGACAAUCACUAUACUGUUUAUGAGGAGCAAAACUACUACGACGUAGAUCACGUUGAAGACUAUGAACGUCAUUUCCGUGAUGCAAUCGAAUAUGGAUUCAUUACAUUGCCAGGAGGCAAAUACUCGGAUCUGACGAAACCGGAAUCCAUUGAAUGGUUAGGAAACUUUUUCCAAGGCAAUCCAGACAGUAAUUUCGACCGUUUAAAUGGCUACUGGGAACUAGCUAAGAGUUUGCUCGGUGGUUCAACCGAUCCUUUUGACCUAUACAAAAUUCCUAACACCUUGGAGCACUUCGAAACAGAGAUACGCGAUACGAUAUUCUACAAAUUGUCCAAGAAUUUGAUCAAAUACAUCUUCCAAUGGCAAAAACAUUUACCACGCUACACCUGGGAUGAGCUCGACUUCAAGGGUGCCAAGAUUGAAUCGGUUGAAAUUGAUAAUAAGCUUGUCACAUAUUUUGAAAAGUUCGACUCAGACAUCACCAAUGUUGUUGAUGUUGAAAUGUUCGAUUACAAACCAAAUUCUGCACUUCAGCAAUUUGGACGGGUCGCUCACUACGAUGGAUAUGAUUUGGUCGUCAAGACUCGUCAACCUCGUCUUAACCAUUUGCCAUUCACAUUCACAUUGCACGUUGGAUCCGAUAGGGCUCAAAAGGCAAUCGUUAAGGUUUUUAUUGGACCCAAAUUCGACGAAUACGGACACAUUUUCACCUACGAAGAGAGCCGUGAAACCUUCUUCGAAUUGGAUCACUUCCUUGUUGACUUAGUGGCUGGAAAGAACGACAUUGUACGUAAAUCACAAGAUUUCUCAUCGUUCGUCGAAGAUCGCAUCACAUACUGUGAAUUAUACAAACAAGUCAUGUUGGCCGUUAAAGGCGAAAUUAAAUUCCCAUUGGAUAUGUCUGAAGCUCGUCGUGGAUUCCCAAUGCGGUUGAUGUUGCCUAAGGGUAAACGUGGAGGCAUGAUGUUCCAAUUCUUUUUCAUUGUUGCACCAUACGUUGCACCAAACGUUGCACAAAAUAUUAAUUUACUCUCUGGACUCGGCCAAACAGUCUCGAAUAUUUUUGGCAGUGGAAGUGAUAGUGGUAGUUGUUACAACGACAAUUUGCCGUUCGGUUAUCCAUUCGACAGACCUAUUAAUGAGAGAGCGUGGCUAACGCCAAACAUGUACUACUAUGACGUGAACAUUUUUCACGAAGAGGAAAUGGGUAUCAACACUCUUCCCACAAAAUAG